AUGGCGCGUUCCGUGCAGAAAGGGGAAUUGCUCCAGAUUGGAAUCUCCAAAGAAGAGGCACUGGCAGCGUUGGAGGUUGUGAGGCAGGAGUGUCACGGGGACGCAGCGAGGGCUGCUGGGGGCUCAGGCACCACCAGGAAGUGCACGGCACUCGAACUUCUGGAGGAGGAGCAAGCCCAGGGCUUCAUCAUCACCUUCUGUUCAGCCCUAGACAAUAUUCUGGGAGGUGGUGUGCAGCUAACAAAAAUCACCGAGAUCUGUGGAGCACCUGGUGUUGGGAAAACACAGCUAUGUAUGCAGCUGGCAGUAGACGUGCAGAUCCCCGAAUGCUUUGGGGGCGUAGCUGGAGAAGCCGUGUUCAUUGAUACGGAAGGAAGUUUUAUGGUAGACAGAGUAGUGGACAUCGCAGCUGCCUGUGUGCAGCACUGCCAGCUCAUUGCUGAAGCUCAUCAGGAAGAAGAUCAUCUAAAAGCUUUGGAGACUUUCUCUCUUGAAAGUGUCCUUUCUCACAUAUAUUACUUCCGUUGCCGUGACUACAUAGAGCUUCUUGCACAGGUCUACCUCCUCCCAGACUUUCUUUCAGAGCAUUCAAAGGUCCGGCUGGUGGUGGUUGAUGGAAUUGCAUUUCCUUUUCGGCAUGACUUUGAGGACCUCUCGCUUCGAACAAGACUUCUGAAUGGUCUAGCACAACAGCUAAUCAUCAUAGCAAAUGAUCAUAAAUCAGCGGUAGUUCUGACAAACCAAAUGACAACAAGGAUUGGACAAAGCCAGUCCACAUUGGUACCUGCUUUAGGAGAAAGCUGGGGACAUGCUGCUACUGUCCGUUUAAUCUUUCACUGGGACAACAGUCAGAGGUUGGCAACGUUGUACAAGUCACCGAGUCAGAAGGAGUCGACCAUACCAUAUUGCAUUACAUCUCAUGGCUUCCGAGAUGUGCAGCCUCCAGCUGUCACUCAAAAUGCUGAAGGUACUGAAAUGAACCCUCGCAAACGGCCGCGGAGAGAAGAGGAAAAGUAAUAGCAGUUCAAAAGUUGAAUGUUUAAAAACGUGUGCUACGUGAGAACAGUUGCAUAGUGACCAUGGAACCAAAGGUAGCCCGAGAGACUCUAACUUAACUUCCUGCUCCAGACAUUAUUUUA